AUGUCUGAAAAAGAAAUUGACGCCGACAAGAACGAAUGUAAACCUUUUGCAUGUGCCAUUCAGGACUGCUUGCAGGCAAACGGAUACAACGAGUCCAAAUGCACCAAGGUCAUCGAUGAAUUGUAUAAGUGUUGCAAGACGUUCUACGAGAAGAACGGGCCAGAGGCACAGAGUGUUUGUUGCCCAAAGUUCAAUCUUUUGCAGUUGAAGCUUAAGCAGCGACUGUUGGGCAAGAUCGAUGCCGAGCUUAUUCAACAGAGGAGGUAG